AUGAGAUCACCACAAAUAGAAACGCAGCAACAGCAACUUUCGACAAUGAUUCCAACUCGUUAUCGAAUUUUGCUUUAUUUAAAUAUAUUUCUGAUUGUAGUUGACAUAUGUAUCAAUACAUUCAGUGAAUUUCUUGCACCAAAUAAAUUUGGCCAACUUAUUAUCUUUAUUAUUCAAGAUGUAUGCAUUUUACUCUCAAUUACAUUACUCAUUGUUAUGGUUUUAACAACAUACGUUGCUCAAGCUGUAUUUUGUGCUACUAUUCAAGGACUGUUACUCGGUUAUCGUUUUCCACAAACCGAAUUUGUCACAAGUGCCUUUGGAAAACCAGAAAUAUUAGCGCUUUAUGUAGUUCAACGAACAAUUUCUCCUUUAUAUUAUUAUGCAAUGAAACGUGCUGCAUAUCGUUUAAGUGAUCCUCACUUUUAUCAAUCAUCAAAAUGGUUACAAGACCUCUGGGAAAAACGUCGCAACGAAGCUACUAGUGCUGCUAUGCGUACAGCUGCAACAGCAAGACCUUCAGGAACUGCAACUGGUUGUUGCAGUUGUACAAUUAUGUAG